AUGGCAAACCUAACUCAUCAGCUGCUGUCAGUUACAGUUGUUCUUGCAGCUGUUCAACUCAUCAGUAGUUACAGUUUCAGGAACUGCAUUGCAGAAGCAGAUUCUGAUGGGAAAACUUUCAACUGCAUGCAUCGAAAUGCAAUGAAUAUUAUUGAUAUUGUCAGUGACCUGCCACCAUCUGCCAUCAAUCUCACCAUUUUAAGAACUCGUCUGACGCAGAAGGCCCUUCCUAACAACAGCUUUAGUAACCUAGUAGACCUCCAGCACCUCAGAAUUGAUAAUAAUUCCUUGACAAGCAUCAGUCAGUUAGCUUUCCAAGGCUUGUAUCAACUGAAGACUCUGAACAUGUCAUUAAACAAAAUAUCAGCGCUCAACCCUUCUCUGUUUAAGGACCUGCAAAAUCUCACCUCCCUCUUCAUGGCCAACAAUGCAUUGAAACGGCUGCCCGAGGAUAUUUUUUCAUCUGUUCUCAAGCUAGACACUUUAAUCCUGAGACAAAACGUUCUGUCAGAUUUCUCAGGCAUUGCUAAGUCUGUGGCACAUCUGACAAAUCUGACGACACUGGAUCUUUGCUUUAACAAUUUGACCUCUCUCAGACACUCAAAUGUGUCACUGCCCCAGUCCCUCACUGUUUUGUAUGUUUGCAAAAAUAAUCUAUUAACGCUGGGAUGUAAGCCUUCAUUUCUCAGCUUUAUCAAGAUUUUAGAUUUGUCAUACAAUUCUCGGCUGCCUACAAAAGCCUUUGAUCAAAUUGAUUUGAGCACUAUAAAUUAUUUGCGUUUGCGUUCAACAAAUGUAACGGUAGUGGAGUUUUUAAACAUUAGCAACAUCAAUGCAAGUCAUGUUGAUUUCUCUGGUACAGGACUGAACAAUGACAGCAUGCUCAAAGAAUUAUGCAUACUGUUGAAAAAAAGGCUGAAAGAGAAAAAUCUUAAAAAUAUGAACCUGGGUAAUAAUGGGAUUAGGAAACUUACAAAUAACACACUGUCCUAUUGUCCUAAUAUCACAGGGGCUUUGGAUCUAUCCCGCAACAACCUAAAGAGCGCAUAUUGCCUUGAGUUUCUUGGAAGACAUGUAUACAUAGAAGACUUCAAAGCAGAGCACAACCAUCUCAGCUCCCUAGAAUACUGUAAAACAAACAAAAUGUUUCAUUUAAAAAAAAUGGAAAAUCUGAGUUAUCGUUACAAUCGCAUCUUAAAAGUUGACUCUUAUGCUUUCUAUAAUACACCAAAUAUCCGGACGCUACAACUUAACAUAAACAGUAUUGCAUUUCUCCAUAGACACGCUCUCAAGGGACUAAAAAAGCUCGAGACACUUCGUUUAGACAAUAACCUCUUAACCGAUUUGUUCAAUGUCACAUUUGAAGAUCUGGUCAGUUUGCAAAUUCUUAACCUUCGCAACAACCGCAUUUCUGUCAUUUUCAAAAGGACUUUUUUCAACCUGAAAAUUUUAAAUACACUGGAUCUUGGAGGUAAUAAGAUUACCCAUUUUCAGAAAUCGGGUCUUGAUGGACUAAAAAGCCUGUCCAAGCUCUAUCUAGAUGGAAACCAGCUAAAACAAAUUGACCCUUUCUUAUACCAUGCAUUUCAAGACACCCUCACUGUGCUAGAUUUACAGAGUAAUCAGAUUUGCUUCAUAACAGAAACUCAUGAGUCACCAUUCAUGAAUCUCAGCAGACUGACUGAUCUGAAAUUAGAUCGGCAGCGACCUAACGGACUUACCGUUUUACCACGCACUUUACUACGUGGCCUCUACUCACUGAAAUCUUUGUAUCUCACCAACAAUAACAUAUACCAUCUUGCUCCUGAUACCUUUGAUGACCUAACAGACUUAAGUUUCCUCACACUGGAUAACUGCUGUGUUGGGGUGAAAAAAUUAGAACCAGGGGUCUUUAAAAAUCUAAGAAAUUUGACCAGAUUGGCUGCAGAAAAUAUGGGCAUUCAGAACUUCUCCAAAGAGGUUUUUGGGAAUCUUACACAGUUACGUUUACUGCAGCUCAACCGCAAUGCCAUGCAGACUCUUUCUCUAGACGCAUUAAUGAGUCUGCCUAUGCUUCGUUACCUUGACAUACGAGAUAACCCUGUAAGCUGCACCUGCAACAACGGGCCUUUGCAAAAUUAUACAAAGAAUAACACAAAUGUUCAGGUGGUGUACCUGUACAACCUGUCAUGCCAACACAAUCCAAAACUCAAAUUUUACAAUUUUGACACUAAAGUUUGUCGCGGAGAUAUAGGAAUGUACCUGUUUUUUAGCACAUCAGCUGCAAUCUUCUUGUUUACAAUCAUUCCCUUAUUCUAUGUUAAACUCUACUGGAAAAUGAAGUACAGCUACUAUGUGUUUCGGGCCUGGUUUAGCGAGCAGUGGAGCAGACUCCACGAGGAGGAGGAGAAUUGUAAAUAUGAUGCAUUUAUUUCCUAUAACUCAUCUGAUGAACAAUGGGUCAUGGACCAAUUGUUACCCAACUUGGAGGGAGGUGGAUCAUCUUUUCGGCUUUGCCUGCACCACAGGGACUUUGAGUUGGGCCGUGAUAUUGUAGACAAUAUUGUUUCUGCUGUAUACAGCAGCCGGAAAACCAUUUGUGUGGUGAGCAGGAAUUUUCUGCAAAGUGAGUGGUGUUCUCUGGAAAUCCAGCUUGCCAGUUACAGACUCUUUGAUGAGCACAGAGAUGUUCUCCUGCUCGUUUUUCUAGAGCCAAUCUCUGAGAGGCAGCUGUCUUCGUAUCAUCGCAUGAGGAAAGUUAUGUUAAAAAAGACUUACCUGCAGUGGCCUGGUUCAGACUGUACUAACCCAACACAGGCGCAGGAACUGUUCUGGAAUCAGCUGCGUAGAGCAAUAAAAACAGGGACCAGACUAGAGACAGAAGAAUAUUCUGCAACUCGUGAGAGCAAAGAAGCUGAAGACUUUAAGGAUGAGAGAUCUGAUGAAAACUUUUACUUGCAACCUUAG